CACUGAGGAGGAAGACAGGUUUCUUUGGUGCAGUCGUGUCAAACUUCCCUUGGAGAAGUGGUGAAGAGGAGCACUUUGUUUGUAACAAGAUGGACAAUCACUCGGAGCGGGGAGGAGUGGAGGAAACACCGGAGCAGAAGGACAAGUUGCAGAGCUUGAAGGAUCAGGUGGAUGAAGUUAUAGACAUCAUGAAGCAGAAUGUGGAACAAGUCAUGGCUCGAGGAGAAAACGCAAUCCAUCUCGAGGACAAGUCUAAGGAACUGGAACAAGGGGCUAAGGAGUUCAAGCACAGUUCCAUAGAAGUCAACCGUUUCUACAGGUGCAAAAACAUCAAGCUAAUCAUCUUCAUUGUGGUCAUCGUUGUCCUCAUCGUCCUCAUCAUUGUGCUGUUGGCCACCGGAGUGAUUCCUGUGACAGCUACUAAUUCUACCACCGAACCCUGAACACACACAGGAGGUCCACACUGGCGUUAACACACACACACACACACACACACACACACACACACA